CUCCCAUCCGCCAAGGUGGUGCCCAUCCCCAUCUGUCUGCUAUAAGUUAUCCCUAGCAGCAAUGAUAACUUAUAGCAUCAACUAUACCUUCUGCGGCGACCGUGCUCAUUUCUCCACUCGCCACACUGCCGUUUCGAGCAACAAGCGCUGCUCGCCGCAGUCGCCGGCGUUCGCCCAUCCAUCAUCAUGGCGACCGCCCCCGCUUGCCCGGAGUCCGAGCCUGAGUCCGAGUCCGAGUCCGGGUCGCCUCACAACACGGCGUCCGUAGGAAGCCUCCAGAGGCCCCGAGACUCCUCCCGUCCGGUUUGUUCCUACGCCGCGCGGCCAACUCCGAGACUCAUCAUCCAGAGGCGCCUCCUCCUCGCCGUCCUCGCGGCGUCGGCAGCGCUGACACUUGCAAUAGCUCACUUCUCCGCACCAGCCGCAGCUGCAGCCGCGGCGCCCCCGCCGUCGUGGGGCCCGGCGUGCGCCAAGGGCUUUCCGCUGCGGCCGCUGUGUCGCUUCGCGGACGACCUGGCGGACAGCCCGCUGGUGACCGUCGACGGCGCGACGGGCCGCGCCGUGACGAUCGGCGUGUUCCAGAAACGCGUUAAGUUCCACCGCGACCUGCCGGCGUCGAAGCAGUACGUCUAUGGUGUGGACGAGGGGAGCGCGAGCUACCCCGGGCCCAUGAUAGUAGCGCGUCGACACACGCCCACCACGGUGCGGUGGGAGAACCACCUCACGGACCAGCAGCACAUGCUGGGAGUCGACUACUCGCUGCCGCACGUGCCCCGCCCCGCCAAAGGAGGCAUCCCCAUCUCCCCCCACCUGCACGGGGGCGAGACCCCCAGCGCCUCAGACGGCCAUCCGCACGCAUGGUUCACGCAGCACGGCGACACCGGCCCAGCCCUCUCCGCCUCCACCUCCUCCUCCUCCACCUCCACAUACCCCAACGCGCAGCCGCCCGCACUGCUGUGGUUCCACGACCACGCCAUGGGGGUCUCACGCCUGAACGUCGCAGCGGGCAUGGCGGGACUGUACCUCAUAAGCGACCCCCAGGGGGUGGAGAAGAGCAUGGCGGGGUGGCUGCCGCAGGGGGAGUUUGACGUGCCGCUCGUGCUGGCGGAUAGGAAGUUUGGGAAGGACGGGACGGUGGUGUAUGGGGGCGCGGGCAUGGGGGGGACGCCGAUGGAGUACCUUGGGAAUUUGGACGUGGUUAAUGGCAAGAUCUGGCCGUUCCUGUCGGUGAAGAAGCGCCUGUACCGCCUGCGCCUGCUGGGCGGCUCCAAUGCGCGCAUCUUCCACCUGCACUUCCAGUGCGCUGCGCCUGCGGACUACCCCAACCUCAAGCUGCCCCUGCACGGACCCAUCGUCCCCGUUCUUCAGAUCGCCUCAGACGGGGGCUAUCUAGCAAAUCCCGUGCGCCGCUCGUCCAUUCUUCUAGCCCCUGGGGAGCGCAUUGACGUGCUGCUGGACUUCUCAGCGCUGCCCUCAACCGUGUGUCGCCACAUCCUGCUCUUCAACACCGCACCCGCACCCUUCCCUGCUGGCAGCAUGGGCAGCGGCAAAAUGGGCAGCGGCACGAGCGGCGGCAGCAAGCACGGGAGCGGCAUGGGCAGCGGCAGCAUGGGCGGGAGCAACAUGGGCAGCAGCACGGGCAGUGGCAUGGGCGGGGGCGGCAUGGGCACUGGGAGGUCGGCAGGGAUGGCGGCAUCUAGGGCGCAGAGUAUUGCGGUGGCGAAGAGUGGCCCGGGGCUGCUGAUGAUGCUGAGCGUGCUGCAAGGAACGGCAGCUUCCGCCCCGACCAUACCAAAUACCAUACGGGCCAUUCCCCCCGCGGCUCUCUCGGAGGUCUCUCGAGUGCGCUACCUCAUUCUCUCUGAAAUGAUGGGCGGCAUGGGGGGAGGCAUGGGCGGGGGCGGAAUGGGGGGAGGAGGAAUGGGGGGGAAAGGCAUGGGGGGCGGAGGCAUGGGGGGCGGAGGGGGAAUGGGGGGUGGGGGAGGCAUGGGAAGUGGGGGCGGCGGAGGAGGAGGAGGCGGCAUGGGGGGGAUGAUGCGGUUCUCCAUCAACGGCAAGGGCUUCAUGGAUGCAGCCACAGAGGUGGCCGCAACAGGGUCCGCGGAGGUGUGGCACGUAGUGAACACGGGCACGCACGCGCACCCCAUCCACAUCCACCUCGUGCAACACCGCCCCCUCUCCCGCCGCCCCUUCAACUCCGCAGCCUUUCUCAAGGGCACCUGCGCUUUCACCAGCACUGGCAGCAGCAGCAAGCCGAGCUGCUACACCAGGGAGGCGGUUCCAAUGGUGCCAUGGGAGAGCGGAUGGAAGGACACGACCCUGGCGUUACCCGGUCAGGUGCUGCAGCUGUUUGUGAAGUUCUCGCCUCAGGAUGGGUCGUCGUUCCCGUUUGACCCCACAGCGGGCCCUGGGUAUGUGUGGCACUGCCACAUCUUGGAGCAUGAGGAGAAUGACAUGAUGCGCCCCCUGAUAGUCUCUGCAUGAUACGCUAGUAUCGGCUUCAGACGCGCCUCACCUCACCCCAAAUGCGCAGUGGGGUCUGGGGGGUAUGUGUGGCACUGCCACAUCUUGGGGCAUACCGUAAUCACCCGGAUAGACGCCCCUCCGUAGGAUUAGUCCCAUGGGCUCUAACUCGUGCAUUGGGACUUAUACGCAUUAUUCGAUUAUAGGCCCCCCUUAUUUUUCCAGAACAUUGGAAUGACAUGAUCCCUCCUCUGAUCCUCGCUGCAUGUUACAGUAAGGGCUGCCAGAUUUAGAGAUGCCUCACCUCACAUGCCCACGGCAGGUCCCCCCCUACCAGAUGGUGCUCCCCGGUCUGUGGGGAGGAUGAGGAGAAAGACUGCAUGCACCCCUUGCUUGUCACCACAUGAUAUG